ACACGAAAGACACGUCGACCUCACCCCUGCCUGGAUAUCGGCGCGUUCCCUUAUCGUCAUUGAUCUGAGUAUCAUUGCAGAUGAAUGCGCUCAGUAAGUAUUGAAUUGACAGAGCUCUUUAUUUUAAGGAUCCUGCUGCCCUCGGAGACGCGAUUGGCUUUUGGCCAAUACCUACCGUCGCAACACCUCAACACCUAUCGAUAUUGAAUACUUCUCCUUAAUCUAUGGCAGCGACGACAAUUGCACCGAACUCUCAACCUCUUGCGACUACAUCAGACUCGAAACGGAACCAACUACCACCAAAUACAUAUUCUACAAGCAAUAGCGCAUACGGAGGUGGUCAGGACUCGGCUCGAUUUCAUCGCGAAAUGUCGCUCGGCAUGAGUCAAGGAUCGCAGUCCGGUGGGAUGAUGAUGCAACCAGGAGGAGCUUUUCGUCAAUACGAGUCACCCAAUACCAUGAAUCGUAGAGAUAUAGCACCUCAGAUUUACUCGGUAAGCUUGCGUUCGGUCAUUGAGCGCCAAGCUGUUACUAAUCUUUCAUAGGCUGUAUAUUCCGGUGUCGAUGUAUAUGAAAUGGAGGUUAAUUGUAUUGCGGUUAUGCGGCGACGAAAAGAUAGUUGGCUCAACGCUACCCAGAUAUUGAAGGUAGCUGGGAUCGAAAAGGGAAAGCGAACAAAGGUCCUUGAAAAGGAGAUUUUGAUUGGAGAUCAUGAGAAAGUUCAAGGUGGAUAUGGGAAAUAUCAAGGAACCUGGAUCCGAUUUGAAAGAGGGGUUGAAUUUUGCAAACAGUAUGGUGUGGAAGAACUUCUGCGACCACUAUUAAGCUAUGAUAUGGGCCAGGAUGGAGGUAUUGCAGGACAAGGUGGAAUUGAUACCCCAACAAAGGAACAAGCUAUGGCCGCGCAACGAAAGAGACUUUAUAACUCAGGAGCCGAGAACCGUAAUAAUGGACAAUCCGGAACAUUUUUUAAGAAUAUUUCGAAUCAAGCUUCACUCGCAGUUGCAGCUAUUAGCAAAGCCCGAUUUGAUUCACCUGUUCCCAGGAAUCGCAAUGGUAGUGCAAGACCUCCCACUUUCAGUAGGCAAUCAUCCCAACAACAACCCAAUAGUCAGGAGACUGCAUUCCCAGGUAACUCGCAACAAAGCAUGCAAAGUUUCGUAUCUAAUGAGGGCUUAACAAAUGGAGAUUCGGCUUAUGCAACUCAAUCCCAGUUUCAAUUCUCACAUACCGGUAGGGAGGACGGAGAUUUCCAGGAGCCACCACGAAAGAGACGAAGAGAAUCUCCAGAACCCCCGAAUGAUAGUCAGCAGUCGAUGAAUGGCGGUCAUUAUAAUAUGUCAAUGCGAGAACCAUCUCCGACUGAACCUAGUGAUUCAUUCUUCUAUCGUCAAGAACCAAAGCUCUCCCAAGGGGAAGAAGCUCCAAUGCCAUUACCACCCCUACCCGAAAAUCAUCAUCAUGGGAAAAAGAGUUUGACUUUGUUAUCACUUUUCCACAAUGAGAACUCGUACUUGGGCACGAACGAACAUAAUGACCAGGAAGCCUUUCGCACGAUGUCCGGUGUAGAGCUCGAUAUUCCUAUAGAUAAGUCAGCCAACACUGCUGUUCAUUGGGCCGCUACUCUUGCACGAUUACCCGUUCUACAAAAACUCAUUCAAUCAGGCGCAAGCAUAUAUCGAGUUAAUCUCAGGGGAGAGACUGCAUUGAUGAGAGCAUGUUGUGUGGCUAAUAAUUUAGAUCAGGGCAGUUUCCCUGACCUUCUUGAGCUACUUGGCAACACUAUUGGUUUCCAAGAUAAUCGUGGCCGAACUGUUCUACAUCACAUAGCUGUCACAUCGGCUGUCAAAGGGCGUAGUCCUGCCAGCAAGUAUUAUCUUGAAUCACUUCUCGAAUUUGUCGUUAGGAAGGGUCGUUCAUUUAAUGGUCAAUCACAGAAUACUGAACCUUCGAAUCCUCAUGCCAUGGAUAUUGGUCGAUUCAUGUCUGAAAUGGUAAAUGCACAGGAUAAUUCAGGUGACACUGCUCUUAACAUUGCAGCUAGAGUGGGUAACAAGAGCAUCAUAUCUCAACUUAUGGAAGUUGGAGCAGAUCCUGAAAUUCAAAACAAUUCCAAGCUGCGUCCAUCAGAUUUCAUUGGCGGUUUGACAAAUCCUGGUGAUCGUUUAGGUGUCGCAAGUCCUGAUAAGAGAGGAAAUAAAGCCACACGGGAGACCAGUGGUGAAAUAAUUGACUGUAAGAUACAUAAUAUCCUCAUACCUCCGAUUUGACUCUAAUAUACUUCCAGCCAUAAAUGCGACGCUUCAGUCAACUCUUCAGGACUUUGGAAAAGAAGUAGAAGCCAAACAAGCUCAAAUCGACUCCAUCCAUGCCAAACUUCGAGAAGCAUCCGCCAGCCUAGGUGAAGAACGACGUGCUAUGGAAGCAAAACAAGAACGCAACAGACAACGUGAAGAACGUGACCUCAAAAUCGCAAAUCUUACUCGGGCCGCGGAAGAAGAAAGUGCAAAAUUACUUCAACUUCAACAACAAUUUAACCAACCAAUUUCUGAUCUAGACCUCGAGAUGCAUCUUGGUGAUGCCGAUAAAUCCUUGGCGAUUCCACCUAUUCCUGCUGAUAUCAAUAUUACUCCUACUCGAAACUCGAAUGUUGAAUACGAUCAUGCUCAAAGACAAUUGUUAUUACAACAAUUACCUUCGAUGCAUAUACUUCAAGCGAGAAUUAAUGCAUACAAAGCUAUUAACGAUUCGUUGGAAAGAAGCGUGCAAGAAUUAAAAAGUAAAGAUACAGGCAGGAUAGCAAAGUAUAAGAAAAUUAUCAGUUUGUGUACGGGUGUAGAUAUUUCGAAGGUUGAUGGUGUUAUUGAGGGGCUGGCUAGGGCCGUGGAGAGUGAGAGUGAUGUUGAUUUAAAUCGGGUUAGAGAAUUUUUGACGAGGGUGGAGGGGGUAUAGAGGGAUUGAUGAGUUUCAGAGGUAAGGAAAGGACAAAGUGGGCUAAUGUAGGAAGGCGUGAGGAAAGAGUGCAUAUAGGGUAUAUUGUGGAUUCGUUCAAUGUGCAUGGAUGGCGUUUGGAUUGCAAUGGAACGGAAUGGCAUCACUCAUGCGGAUAUGAUUAUAUGCGAGGAGCAUUACUAUUACUUUGUAUAUGGAUAUGGAUUGAGGGAAGAAAAAUACUGGUUUGUGGUAGUCUGGAGUGGGAGUGGAAACGUAUCUGUGUCUGUGUCUGUAGUUAUAGGUAUAGGUAUAUGAUAGGGUGGAAUAGCUAGCUUAGCUAAUGCGUGGGGAGAAGCCUACCUAGUAACUAGCUAUAUAACUGAGUGUUAAAUCCAAUACG